CUAAGCUUUUUCGUCUUUUGCUCCCUCCCGGGUGCAUGACGAGACAAUAAGAGCGAGAGGAUGUCCGCCGGGACGGACGGGACGGAGGGUUCCUGUCUCUCCUUUUUCUUCUGGAUUAGUUGUGUAGUAGCCAAAAAAGAAAAAGGGUCCGGUGGUUUUCUGUGUUUCUUACAAGUUACAACCGAAUCGAACCCUGAGAAGAGACCUCCCAUUGUUGGAUUUUGUCUUUUUUCCUCUCCCUCUCACAGUUGAAAGAAGAGGGAAAACAAAACUCGGCAUCUGAUUAUUGGAACUCCCGUCUUCCCCCCUCCCCCCCACCCUCCUCUGAGAACAAACGAUCAUGGCGCCCGAGACGAGUCAUCUCUGGCUCUGGCUGGGUUUUGCCGCCGUAGCAGGCGUCGUAUACGUCACUGGCAUCGUCGUCUACCGCCUCUUCUUCCACCCGCUGGCCAAGUACCCGGGCCCCUUGAUCGCCAAGAUCACGGAUGGCUACCAGCUCUACCACGCGUGGAAUGGCGACCGCCACCUGGACUUUUACAAGCUUCACAACCAAUACGGCAACGUCGUCCGCUUCGGCCCCAACUCGCUCUCGUUCAACUCGGCGACGUCGCUCAAGGACAUCUACGGCUUCCGCACCAACGUGCGCAAGGCCGAGUUCUACGAUGCCUUCGUCCACCCGGCGCCCAACACGCACAACGCGCGCGACAAGGAGAUCCACGCGCGCAAGCGCCGCGUGCUCGCCCACGGCUUCUCUGACAGCGCCAUGAAGGAGAUGGAGCGCUACAUCCUGGGCAACGUGCGCGCCUUCACGACCGAGGUCGGCCGCGGCGCCUCGGAUGAGACCAAGGGCUGGUCGACGCCCAAGAACAUGGCCGACUGGUGCAACUACCUGGCCAUGGACAUCCUCGGGGACCUGUCGUUCGGCAAGGCGUUCCACAUGCUGGAGGCACCCGAUAACCGGUUCGCGCUGGACUUGAUUGCCGCGGCGACCAAGAGGCAUCUUCUCUGCGGCACGAUGCCCAUCGUCGACAAGCUCAAGCUCGACAGGCUCCUGUUUCCGACCAUCGCGGCCGGCCGCGCGCGGUACAUGGCCUACAGCAAGGGGCAGCUGACGGAACGCACCAAGAUGGGCGAGGACACUGACCGACGCGACUUCUUCUACUACCUCCUCAAGGCGCGCGACCCGGAGACGGGGCAGGGCUUCUCGGUGCCGGAGCUCUGGGGCGAGUCGAAUCUGCUUAUCAUCGCCGGCGCCGACACAACAUCGACGGCCAUGGCCGCGACGCUCUUCUACCUCGUCCGCAACGCAGCGGCCCUCGAGCGAGUGACGGCCGAGGUGCGCGGCAAGUUCGCCAACGUCGAGGACAUCCGCCAGGGCGCGGCGCUCAACACGUGCAACUACCUCCGCGCCUGCAUCGACGAGGCCAUGCGCCUGUCCCCCUCGGUGGGCGGCCUCCUCCCGCGCGAGGUGCUCGCCGGCGGCGCGACCAUCGACGGCGCCCGCGUGCCCGAGGGCACCGUCGUCGGCACGCCGCACUACACGAUCCACCACAACGAGGCGUAUUACCCGUCGGCGUACGCGUACGCGCCGGAGCGGUGGAUCGUCGGCGAGGCGAACCCGGCGUUCGGAGGCCGGGCGACGACGGAGGAGGACGUGGCGCGGGCCCAGAGCGCCUUCUGCCCCUUCUCCAUCGGCGCGCGCGGGUGUAUCGGCAAGGGGCUGGCGUACGCCGAGAUGUCGACGGCGCUGGCCCGGACGCUGUUCCUGUACGACCUGCGCAAGGCCGUCGGCGUCGAGGACCCGGCCGAGGGGCGGCCGGGUAGGGGAGAGGGCAGGGAGAGGGUCGGGGAGAUGCAGCUGUUUGACACGUUUACGAGCAUGAAGGACGGGCCGAUGCUGGAGUUCCGGGCGAGGGCGUGAUUAAGGGGUUGUCUUUUUUGGUCGGUGAGACUGUUCUUGACUUGAUCCCUAUGCCGAGCUGGUGAUGAUAUCUUGUUCUCUCUUUGCGAUGGGGGGCAUCGAUGACAUAUCGUCAUUGAACAUCGGCAGAAGCCGUGAUUUUCACAUGUAAGCAGGCAUGUCUGUUAUGUUAAGCUUAGGUUGAAAGAAAUGAUAAAAAUAAGAAUAAGAUGCAAGUGAACGGAGCGAGGAGAGACGGUGGAAC